AUGCCGUUGGAGUGCAUCCCACCGUCGCAUGCGUGCAGCGCUCGGUGGUCGCCGGCGCCGUCCUCUGCUCUUCCUCCAUGGUGGAUGCGAAGGGAAGUCGACGGAUCUGGCGCUAGCUCUUUCAAUAAGUGUGCGGCUGCCUCAGAUCGAGCCGAUCCAGUGUCCUCCCUAUUUUCUUCGUGCCGUCUCGGUGGCGGCAGUGGAACCUGCGGGAGAACACGGCGGGGUUCGAAUCCUGGGUGCAUGUUCUCGCUGGAUCCUAGCUUCCAGCGAGGUAGUCCUGGUCGGAUCUGCAAAGGGAUCUCCACCAAGCUGCUGUCUACAGCAUCCAUCAUGGUGAUGGAGAAGUGGCGUCGCUCACAGGGGAAGAUGGACACUGCGGUUGGGGUCCGUGAGCACACACGGCGGUGGAUUUCGAGAGGCUGUGGCGCCCUUCUUGGUUGCUGCCUGGUCUCUGACGACCCGCCGUAUUCUCAGGUCGAAGGGCGACCAUCUUCAUUCCUCCCGGCCAAGAUGCCAAAGGGGAGGCAGUCUUGCUUAACGGUGGAGUCUAUGGCAUGGAGUCAUGGAGGUCUCGUUGGCCCAAGUGGUGCCGUCCCCGGCGCCGGCGAGGCUGAAUCCAUCGGGGUGCAGAUAGUUCGGACCCGAUUGCAAUCUUCUUCCCUUGUUCAGGGUCUUGUUUGCAUAAUGCAGGACCUAGUUCGUAGUUUUCUGUUUCCAUGGGGUCCUGUUGUAAAAUGUACUAUCAUGCUUAUCAAUGGAUGA